CAGCCAGGCGGCCGGGCGGGCGGGAGCCAGACGCUGAGCCCGGGCGAGCCAGCUGCGCGCACAGUCUGCCCGCCGCCCCCGGAGCGGAUCCCCGGCCGCCCCUCGGCUCCCCCCCCCCAGCCCCGGGCUCUAGCCAAGCCCCUCGGGGUGUCCGUCAGUUUCCUUGGGUGACUACAGUUUUGUUUUUCUUUCUUCUUUCUCCUGCCUGUGUACCCUUCUCCAGGAUGGCAGAGGCGGAAUUGCACAAGGAAAGGCUGCAAGCCAUAGCAGAAAAAAGAAAGAGGCAGACCGAAAUAGAAGGCAAGCGACAACAGCUUGAUGAGCAGAUACUUCUGCUGCAGCAUUCCAAGUCCAAAGUGCUUCGGGAAAAAUGGCUGCUGCAGGGCGUACCCGCCGGGACGGCCGAGGAGGAGGAAGCCAGGAGGAGGCAGUCUGAGGAGGAUGAGGUCAGAGUGAGGCAGCUGGAAGAGAACGUUCGCAGGCUGGAACAGGAAAUACAAGCACUAGAGCGCGAAGAGUCCCAGAUAUCUGCCAAAGAGCAGACCAUCCUAGAGAAACUAAAGGAGACAGAAAAAUCCUUCAAGGACUUUCAGAAGAGCUUCUCCAGUUUGGAUGGAGGAGUCGUGUGGGAAAGUGUGCUGCUAAAGAGAGAAGAGGCAGCCUCGGAUGCCACAGAAACAUCCAGCCCAGAUAUGACUAUCAAGAAGCCUCCCCAGCUUUCCGAGGAUGAUAUUCGGCUAAAAAACGAGAGAGACGACUCUAGUGCCAACCUCCUGGAGUCUGCUACCAGCUCUCUUUCCCCAGAUCACAAAAACAUGGAAAUUGAGGUGUCGGUGGCAGAAUGUAAAAGUGUUCCUGGAAUCACCUCUGCUCCGCAUUCCAUGGACCACCCCUCCCCUUUCUAUUCACCCCCACUCAAUGGCCUCCUCACCGAUCACCACGAAUCCCUGGAUAAUGAUGUGGCCAGAGAGAUCCGCUAUCUAGACGAGGUGCUAGAGGCUAACUGCUGCGAUUCUGCUGUGGAUGGAACUUACAACGGAACAUCCUCCCCAGAGCCCGGUGCAGCGAUCCUGGUGGGCAGCCUAAGCCCACCUGCCCACGUUGCCAUCCAGCCAGAACCCACUGAGAGAGCUGCUGGCCGUCAGGCACCUCCUCACACUGAGCUCAGUAAAAGCGACUCUGACACUAUGGCAGAAGGGGAGAGAGCGAACGGCCACUCCCUCGACCAGUCCCGAGCGAUGCUGGGGGACAGCCUGCAGGCACCCGUGAGUCCCAGCUCCUCAACUAGCUCCCAGGGCUCUUCCCGAGAUGGGGAGUUCACGCUCACCACCCUGAAGAAGGAGGCCAGGUUUGAGCUGCGUGCCUUCCACGAGGACAAGAAGCCCUCCAAGCUCUUUGAGGACGACGAGCAUGAGAAACAACAACACUGUGUCAGAAAAGUGAGGCCCACAGAAGAGAUGCUGGAGCUGGAGAAGGAAAGGAGAGAGCUCAUCCGGAGUCAGGCUGUGAAGAAGAAUCCUGGCAUUGCAGCCAAAUGGUGGAAUCCCCCCCAGGAAAAAACCAUCGAGGAGCAGCUGGACGAGGAGCAUCUGGAGUCGCACAAGAAGUACAAGGAGCGCAAGGAGAGAAGGGCGCAGCAGGAGCAGUUGCUGCUGCAGCAGCAGUUACAGCAGCAGCAGCAGCCCCCACCGCAGCUCUGCACAGCCCCUGCAUCCUCCCAUGCGCGGUCAAGUGCGGCUGAAAAUGCAAAGGAGGACAUCGUCACAGAGCAGAUAGAUUUCUCUGCUGCUCGCAAACAGUUCCAGCUGAUGGAGAAUUCUAGGCAAGCGGUGGCCAAGGGCCAGAGUGCACCCAGGCUGUUCUCUAUCAAGCCCUUCUACAGGCCUCUGGGGUCAAUCAACUCGGAUAAGCCACUGAUCAUUACGAGACCAGCUUCUGUCGGGAGACCCCUAGAAGACAGUGGCACAUCGGCAGCCAAGGGGCAAAAGGCCUCCUGCACCCUGGAGAGCCAGUCAGCGGGCGGGGGCCAGGGCAGCACAGCCCCUCAGGGGAAGGACGGGCCCUACAGUGAGCCGUCUAAGCGCGGGCCCUUAUCUAAACUGUGGGCAGAGGACGGAGAGUUUACGAGUGCCCGGGCCGUCCUCACUGUGGUCAAGGAUGAUGACCAUGGGAUUUUGGAUCAGUUUUCAAGAUCAGUCAAUGUCUCCUUGACCCAAGAGGAGCUUGACUCUGGUUUGGACGAAUUGUCAGUGAGGUCCCAGGAUACCACCGUCCUGGAGACCCUGUCCAACGAUUUCAGCAUGGACACCAUCAGUGACAGUGGGGCCUCCAAUGAGACAACCAAUGCCCUCCAGGAAAAUUCACUGGCUGAUUUUUCUCUGCCCCAGACUCCACAAACCGACAACCCCUCGGAAGGCCGAGAAGGUGUCUCCAAGUCAUUUAGUGAUCACGGUUUCUACUCCCCUUCAUCCACGCUGGGAGACUCUCUGUCGGUUGAUGACCCUUUGGAAUAUCAAGCUGGUCUCCUGGUGCAGAAUGCCAUUCAACAAGCCAUCGCCGAGCAAGUGGAUACAGCUGUGUCCAAACCCAGCGAGGAUGGAGCAGAACAGCAGGGCCCUGAAGCGGCUCUAGAGGAAGUGGAAACUGGGGCUUCCAGCUCAGAGAAGCCCCAGAGCAUGUUCGAGCCACCGCAGGUGUCCUCUCCUGUUCAAGAGAAAAGGGAUGUGUUACCAAAGAUCCUGCCUGCUGAAGACAGGGCGCUCAGGGAAAGGGGUCUCCCCCAGCCACUGCCAGCCAUGCAGCCCAGUGGCCCUGUCGACAUGGAGGAGACCAGGCCCGAAGGGAGCUAUUUCAGCAAGUACUCGGAGGCAGCUGAGCUGAGAAGCACAGCCUCCCUCCUGGCCACUCAGGAGUCCGACGUGAUGGUUGGACCCUUCAAGCUGAGGUCAAGGAAGCAGCGGACUUUGUCCAUGAUUGAAGAAGAGAUCCGAGCAGCCCAGGAAAGGGAGGAGGAGCUGAAGCGGCAGAGGCAAGUCUUGCAGAGUACGCAGAGCCCCAGGACAAAGAACGCCCCAUCCUCGCUGCCCUCCAGAACCGCAUGCUACAAAACCGCCCCAGGGAAAAUAGAGAAAGUCAAACCUCCUCCACCCCCCACCACUGAAGGCCCCGGCUCGCAGCCUGACUUAGCCCCCGAAGAGGCUGCCGGAACCCAGAGGCCAAAGAAUCUGAUGCAGACCCUCAUGGAAGACUAUGAGACACACAAAUCUAAAAGGCGCGAGAGAAUGGAUGAUAGUAGUUACACCUCUAAGUUACUGUCUUGCAAGGUGACCUCUGAGGUCCUUGAGGCCACACGGGUUAAUCGAAGAAAGAGUGCUCUGGCCUUGCGCUGGGAAGCAGGGAUCUACGCCAACCAGGAGGAAGAGGAUAAUGAAUAGACUUCGUUCAACCCAGGAAGCUUCUUUGGUGCUUGGGAUACCAAGAAACCCGGGAAAUUAACAACUCAAAGCAUUUUAAUGGACUAUUUAUUAAAGUACACACAAACUCAGCAAUCCUUAUGGAGACCAGAAGCUGUAAUACACAAUGAUGAACAAUCGAGGGAAAAGGAAGUCCACCCAUCCAACUCUCACACCCAGGAGGGAAAAGAGAAAGGAUUUUUCUUGUAACUCAAAGAAUUGUCUGGAUUUGGACCAACCCACAAUUGAGAACAAAAGGACUAAGAUGUUACAUGCAAUCAGCAUAGUUGUUACAGGCAGGACUGAGAGCAGCCUGGCUGGGUGACCAGGAACAACAAUGGCAUAGAGCCAUUUAGAGAGCACUAGGGCCCGAGCUGGUGAAGUCCACAUGGCAUAGGAUAUUUCUCUGCAUCGGCAUCUCACCCAUCAGGAGGGUUGGGUUAACUCCAUUUUCUCCAGCAGCCAUAAAAUGAAUGGUGUUUCUCUCCAUAUUUGCCCAGAAGAGGCAGUUAUGAUUCCAUUUCUCUUAUUAUUUUUAAUUGGGAGCAAUGAGUGAUUGCAAUACACACAGUCCGUAUUUUUAAGGCCGUGUUUCUUCAUGUUGCAAACACAAUCUAUUCUGUUAGGAGGCUGAGAAAGGGGGAGGAAGCCAAACCAAAUUGAUUAUUUUAGCUUUAGGAUCUUGUCUGCUUAUACUGUUUACUGAUCUGCAGUUUAUGAGAACACAUUUUCACAAUUAUGUUUCUUCAUACGAAAACUAUAUUUAGUGGGCAACAACUAUUUUUAUGACGGGAUGGGGGAAUCUAUAUAUGUAUAAAAUCUGUACACAUUAAACUGUGGCUCAAGAUGGUAGGGGUAUUUUUAGAGUGGCAAUAAUUGAAAACAAGGGCAAACUCUGCCCUGGAGAGGUAGAUGACCAGAAAUAAAAAGGUGUUUAUAGCUAUUUUGUGUUAUAAAGUGGGCCUUAGAGGUAAUAGGAAGAUUGAUAAAUUGUUUUGGUUCAAUCAGAAAGGAAACAUGAAAGAGAAGUCAUGAAGGUAGAGAAAAAGGGAGGGAGGGAGAAAGAAUGGGAAAAUAAGGAGGUAAGAGAUACUAUUUUUGCUGAGCAACCAGUGUUUUUCAGGAUGAUACAGAGAAAAAUAUAGAAUAGAAAUUUAAGUGCAGGCUUGGAAUCAGCUACAGAUCCUAAAGAUGGCGUGUGUGUGUGUGUGUGUGUGUGUGUGUGUGUGUGUGUGUGUGUGUGUGUGUGUGUGUGUGUGUGUGUUCAUGAGUAAGGGUGUGUAUUGUGUGAGGAUUAAAAUUCCAGAAUGGUCAUGGCACAUGAGUGUAUAGUUAUUUCCUCCAAAGCUGUUUGCCAGCCUCAGGAGUGAGUGAGAAUUUCUUUUUUAUGAAAAGGGAUAUAAAGGCACCGAGUUGAUGCAGUAUUUGUAAUAUUAAAUUGACCUAACAUGGUAUUCGCAUGAGUCACAAUUGCAAAGUUUUGAGCAGUUUUGUAAUUAGACAUUUAGGAAAGUAUCCUAUUUAUUCUCAUGCUUUGUAUUCAUGCUUAGUAUUCUAUAGAGGAUGCCAGCUUUACUCUUUCUGUCAUUUAAAGCAAUAUGAUAAGGGUAUUCAAUAAUUGAGUGCCCUUAAUUUCUGGAUGAGAACGUUUUUAAUUCUGACCGUGAGAAAAAAACUGACCACCAGCCUUCUUUUUUUCUUCUUUGUUUUAAAACUAUGUUUUUUAAAAAAAGCAAUAAUUAAGUCAGACCUCACUAAAAUUCAUUUUUGUUUUUAUAGUGUUAUGUCAUAAACUGUAGUGUGUUAUUCUAACAAAUAGCAAUUCCACAAAAUUUGUAUGUAGAAGUUAUACACAUUACCUUUGCUUCUUUUAUUAGACUAGUUGACUUUGGGGGAAAGUUUAAUCACAGAGAAGUGGUGGGCACAGAGUAAAAAUGGAACAAGGAUCCUUUGAAACUACCCAGGGAACCUGUCCUUUGGAACCAAAUUCUACAGGUGGUAGCCAAAUAGUACAUGGGCAGUUGGCACCGUUAUAUGGUUCAUUCUCCUGAAUAUUCUGAAUGGAUAUUCAAUAAAAUGUGCUAGCCAUGGGGACACAAAACAAAUAAGAAAUAAGACUCUGCUGCAAGGAGUUCAUUAUAUGGUGGAGAAGCCUGGCGUGGAGGAACAUGCCCAGAAAAAUGAGAUGCUUGCUAGAUGAAAAGUCCUGACAGGUGAGCUGGGAGGACCCUGGAAGGAGGACCAUCUUUGCCUGAGAUCCCAGUUGCCUGGGCUGAGGACCCACGAUCAGGGGGUGUUCCUAAGGCAGACACAUGGACAAGAACAGAGGAGAUAGUGUGUGGCUAGGCACAGCGGUAGUGGGACGGCUGGAGAAUGGGAGAGUUCUGUGGGUUACACAACAAGUAAAAUGGGCUUCGUGUUCUCUGGACCAUCUCAUGGGUCUGGUAGAGUCAUAAGUUAGACUAACGCCACCAUUUUUCCCAAGAGGAAAUCAUCUGUACGAUUUACCUUAAGUAUUUUGUUCUGUUUUGAAGGAAACCAUGUACCCACAUGAUACCUCCAUUUGAGAAGAGAAUUUGCAGCUGAAAGGAAAGCUUAGAAGGCCACAUAAUUCAUGGAGUUGCUUUAGAGGCAGACAGGGUGGCCUUUGAGUACAGUUGAUUGAAACAGAAGCACUUACUGUUGAAGAAAUAAUGGAAUUCUAGAGCUGGGGUCCUUUGGGCCGUGCUCCAUGCGGAGAUAAGGAAAUGCAGUUUCUGUGACUCUCCCACAGUCACAUAGCUGUUUUAACUGUGGCCCUUGUUCCCCUGUGCUGCCUUCCAGAUGACUGCUAUUUCCUUGCUCCACUUACUGAUAAUCCCAUUAUAAUCCUAUUAAAACCUAAAUUACAGGUCCCUUGGGAGAGCCAGAUUUUCUCUGUGCUCUUGAGUUUUUUUAUUCAUUCAAGAAACAUUGGACUACCGCUUUGUACACAUCACUGUGCUAGGCUCUGGGAUCCCAAAUGAACUCCUUUAACUUUCUGAAGAUGGAACAGACCCCUGGAGGAAAGUCAUUCCUGCCUCCAUCCAUGGAGAGAAAGAGGCCUGUGACAAAUGUUGCCUCUGAUGCUUGGCCCUGUCCCCAAAUAGCACGCAAGCUUGUUAAUCUCAGCUUUCACAAAUGUUUAGGUUCUGUAGAUGUUAAAAGCCUUCCUGAAAGUAUUCCGUUCUGCAGUGUUUAUAGAUGUUCACUUUCCUCUGGAGCUGAUUAACUACUGACAUGCCUUGGCUUUCUCAUCCAGAAAUUAUGGAAACAGGGUCUGUCAGUGGCAGGAGGCUGGGCUGUGUUCUACUCGGAUGACAAAAUGCAAUUUCCUUGCCUCUUUAUACCGUGCAUGCUGCCCACCCUAGGCAAUGACAUAUAAGCAGUAUAUAGAUCAGUGUCCACAUAUAUACACACACACACAUAUAUAAAGCAUAACAAGGAACACUAAGACAGUGUUGACUCUUGUCUCUGAAGACAAAUAAUUAAACAUUUUUUCCAACUACAGAAUGGAUUUAAUUAAACUAUGUAUUGAAAAAAAAUAGCCUAAGUGUUAGAGAUGGUGAAUAUAUCCAGUUUUAGUUACAGAACCAAUUUCCUGAAUUUUAAGCAUUCAGUGAACUGCCAAUUUUGAUUUUGUGUUGCUCUUUAUCCAAAUGACUUUUUUUUUUUUUUUUUCUUUUUCUUUGGAGGAGGGAAAAAAAGCAAUAUACUGCGUUUGGAAAUUAUGUUCUGUAUCUGGCUUUCCUGUGUAUGUUAACCACUUCAAUGUUAUCAGCUUGCUUCGGUUUUAUAGUGAUUGUGAAGCAUUCAAUGCAAGUAUACAGUUAUUUUCUCAUUAAAACCCAAUGUGUGUUGUGUUUUUAUAAA